AUGGAUGGAAAGUUUGAGAAAGAUGAGAAAUCGUCAAAACCAGAUUCGACAAUUCCGAAACGAGCUUCUAUUAAACAUCAGCCCGAUUUCGAUUACUCUAUCAGGAAGCAGAAGCUGAGAGAAAGCUGCUUCAGAAGAGUUAGAGAAGAGAGGACGAGUCUGCUGUGGAAACUGAGGCACUCUCAUUGUCAAUCUUCUAAUAAAAACGAGAUUAUCAAUUCUGCUUUCCAAGACAUUGUUUCUGAUGAGUUAAAAAAAAUUGAGGAUUCGUCGAGAAACCUCUCAGGAAAUCCGGCAGUAGCUCCUGAUUCCGGUGAUAUAUUAUGGGAAUAUGAAGGUGUAAAACAUGCUUAUGAAGGUGAUAGUGAAGAGAUAUUGCUAGAAAUGCAACAGAUAUUCUACGAGGAUUUGAUAUCAGAGACUACUUUAAACGGAUCGUAUCUACAGAUUGAAACAUGGGAAGACGCUGAAGAUGAUUACUUGGCUAGCUUAGUAUCUCAGCAUAUGCUUUUAAACAGUGAAGAGGAGGAAAAUCAGAUAUGGUGUCCGAUAUGCAAGCAAGGAGAGCUUAUGGAGAAUCAGCGACAUAUUCAUUGCAACAUGUGUGAAAUGCAGCUGAACAAAGGCGAUGAGGUUAAUCUUAAGAUUCUGCAAGAACGGUUAGCGGAAGCUCACGCUGAGCAUCUGGAGAGAGGAUGCAGAUUGAAACCCAAGUUCAGUGUUCAGAGUCAGUAUAAUUUAAAGGCGUUGUACAUAACAUGCGAUGCUUGUAAUACCUUUGAGGUCGUUGUAUAA